AUGCCACCCAGCGCCUCAAUGGUGUUGGCGUUUGUGGUCGGAGUCCUGUGCGUGUGGGGCCGCUUGAGCGUCGCAAACCCUGAAGCGAAGCGGCUAUACGACGACCUCCUCUCAAACUACAACAGAUUGAUCCGGCCCGUAGGCAACAACUCAGAUCGGCUCACCGUCAAGAUGGGACUAAGGCUCAGUCAACUCAUCGACGUUAAUCUUAAGAAUCAAAUCAUGACAACGAACGUUUGGGUAGAACAGGAAUGGAACGACUACAAGCUGAAGUGGAACCCCGAUGACUAUGGCGGCGUCGACACCUUACACGUGCCUUCAGAACACAUAUGGCUACCGGACAUCGUGCUGUAUAACAACGCGGAUGGUAAUUACGAGGUUACGAUCAUGACGAAAGCCAUCCUGCAUCACGACGGCAAGGUCGUGUGGAAGCCGCCCGCCAUUUACAAGUCAUUUUGUGAGAUCGACGUCGAGUACUUCCCCUUUGAUGAGCAAACCUGCUUUAUGAAGUUUGGUUCUUGGAGCUACGAUGGGUAUACGGUGGAUUUGAGGCAUUUAAAACAAACACCGGACUCUGAUCACAUAGGGAUGGGCAUCGAUCUGUCGGAGUACUACAUUUCCGUCGAGUGGGACAUCAUGCGGGUGCCGGCCAAACGGAACGAGAAAUUCUACUCUUGCUGCGAAGAACCUUAUCCUGAUAUAAUUUUCAACCUCACCCUUAGGAGGAAAACUCUCUUUUACACGGUCAAUCUCAUCAUACCUUGCGUUGGAAUAUCUUUCCUAUCAGUUCUAGUAUUCUAUCUUCCGUCAGAUUCGGGAGAGAAAAUAUCACUGUGCAUCUCUAUUUUACUGUCACUGACCGUGUUCUUCCUACUGCUAGCAGAAAUUAUCCCUCCCACUUCACUAACAGUCCCUUUACUAGGAAAAUAUUUAUUGUUUACUAUGAUGCUAGUAACAUUGUCAGUUGUAGUCACUAUUGUGGUGCUAAACGUAAAUUUUAGGUCUCCAGUCACUCACCAUAUGGCUCCGUGGGUACGAAAAGUAUUCAUAGAUUUUUUACCUAGAAUACUAUGUAUACAAAGGCCAGAAAAACCACCUGACGACGAUGAAAAUGAUAAACCAACUGAGGUGCUCACAGAUGUCUUCAGUGGUGAUGACAUGGACGGAAAGUUCAAAGAAUGGGCCUGUGAAGAAUAUGAACUGCCAGGAAUGCCCCCUUCACCACCUCCACCUCCGGGUGGUGAUGACGAACUAUUUUCCCCACCCCCAGGAUCCCCUUGCCGCUUAGACCUCGAUGAUUGCAGUCCAUCUCUAGAAAAACCUUACGUGAGAGAGAUGGAGAAGACUAUAGAAGGUUCCAGGUUUAUAGCGCAGCAUGUUAAAAAUAAGGAUAAGUUUGAGAGUGUCGAGGAUGAUUGGAAGUACGUCGCAAUGGUUCUGGAUAGAAUCUUCCUGUUCGCGUUCACGAUAGCCUGUGUUCUCGGUACGGCUCUAAUUAUAUUCAGAGCACCGACAUUCUACGACAACGCGAAGCCUAUAGACAUCCUCUACUCGAAAAUUGCCAAGAAGAAGUUGGAAUUGCUCAAAAUGGGCUCGGAAGGCGACCCGGGUCUCUGAAAU